AUGGCGCUCUCCACCACGGUCUCGCAGAGGAAGAUGAUAAGGCGCAAGGCUCCUCUCGGCUUUCUAAAGCGCGUUUUCAAACGGCAGAAGCCUCACCUUCGUUUGAAGACGAGUAGCGACCUACUGGUGCAUCUGAACUGUUUACUCUUUGUUCAUCGAUUAGCAGAAGAGUCACGGAUAAAUGCUUGUGGGAGUAAGUGUGGAAUCAUUAAAAAGGAGCAUGUACUGGCUGCAGCAAAGGUAAUUCUAAAGAAGAGCAGAGGUUAG